GAUGCAGUCGGUAUCAUGAGAGUGUCUAGGCAUCAGCUCGAUGAUCGUUACAAGGCGAUCUACGAAAACCAGUUAGGUGAAGGCAAUUCUCUGUGGGAAUUCCAUCCUGGAAAGGUCGUGCUGCCAGGCUUUUUUGAAAACUACGUUGGGAGGAUUCUAGAUGCUCCUAUUAGGAAAGAUGACGUCUGGUUGGUUAGUUAUCCAAAAACGGGUUCUACGUGGUGCCAAGAAAUGAUAUGGCUCAUCCAAAAUAACCUGGACUUCGAGGGGUCCCGAAGAGUUUUGCAACAAGUCAGGGCUCCACUCAUAGAGGCGUCCGUGGUUUUAUUUGAAUUCACGAGCCUAUUUGGUGAUGAUUUCACCAACUCGGUAGAUUACGUAGCCAAUCUCCCAUCACCAAGGGCUAUAAAGACUCAUCUCCCAUUAGAACUUCUGCCAACCCAGCUCGACAAAGUAAAACCAAAGAUCAUAUACACAAUGAGGAAUCCGAAGGAUGUCUGCGUUUCAUACUACUUUCACAGUCAGCUGCUCCAUGAUUUUUAUGUUGACUUUGACACCUUCUGUGAGAUGUUUCUCAACGACGCGAUUGCAUAUGGAAGUUUUUUCAAUCACUGUUUUGAAGCCUGGAAUAAACGACAUGAAGGCAACAUCCUCAUCAUCAGGUAUGAAGAUAUGAAAAAAGAUGCCAAGAAGACAGUCAGGAACAUAGCAGAUUUCCUUGGCAAGACACUGAGUGACACCGAGGUAGACAUGAUUGACAGCUACUUGAGUUUUGAGUGUAUGAGGAAAAAUAAAGGCUGCAAUGUUGAGGCGCUCACCGAUAAGAAGCAUGGUGAACAUUCAUUCGAUAAGACAGGAAUUCAUUUUUUGAGAAAAGGACAGGUGGGGGACUGGAAGAACUAUAUGAGUGAAGAAAUGUCAAGGAAGUUCGAUGAGUGGAUUAAGAAAAACACACAAGGAACUGAUUUGCGGUUCUGAAUAUAACUCUUGACUAUUUGGUGGAGAAUGCCCUUCUUCGUGUUGCUGAUUCAAAGGAAUAUAAAGAAUAUUUAAGAGCUUGUUUUAGAAGCGUUUACGUUUACUCCAUGAUGUUAUGCAUUAUUCAUUUUACACUUACAAAUUUUUAAAACUUAAGUAUUAUAAAACGUAAUUUGCAGGGACCAUUAAUACCUUGAUUUGAAAAAUAGGCUCCAAAACCCGACCCCCCACUAAAAAUUUCAAGUAACUUAUUAAAAUGUUAUUCUUGUCAAAGGUACAUAGGUACACGGCUCUUAAGUCCUUUUCGAUAAAAAUCGCAGUAGGGCUCUUCUUUAUCCGUUCCAUAUGCCUUCUUUCAGACCAACCUUUUUUCCGAAUCGUGUCAAUAGUCUUAGCCAUUCUAGAUGGAAUCCAUUUCUUUCUAUAAGCUUUUCUCAUUAUGGUUGAGCCAGAAACGUGGUUUCAAAGUAGAGGGGUCUGGUUUAGGGGAGUUUUCUCCACUUUUGAUGUGGAACAGAUAAUACGACAAUGAUUGUAUCAUGAUGACUUGUUCACUGUUUCUUUUGUAUAGCACAUACGUACGAUAUAAAUAAAUGGUAUCACUACUAAUUUUCCUUAAUAAGCAUUAUAAGUACCACGACAAACUUAAGAAGAAGGUAGGCUUUGGACUGAUCGCCCAAAUAACAAAAACUUACCUAUAUGAAAGUGUCACCGUUUUUCAAAUAUUGAAUUUUUUUUUAAAUUUGAAAAGGUUCGUUUUUUUUAAAUUCAAGUAAAAAUGCAAUAUCUCAAAAACGGUGACACUUUUAUGUAGGUAAGUUUUUGUUAUUUGGGAGAUCAAUCCAGAGCCUACCCUCUCCUUAAGCUUGUCGUGGUUCUUAUUGGACACCCAGUAUACUGGAUGUGGAUAAAGGUUGGUGCCUCAUUUGGGGAAAUUGUUUUUGACUUCACAAAAUCGCUAGUAUCCAGAUUCUAAGGCUUCUUUGAGAAGUUAAGGGAUUUGCAAGGCUUGAAUGUCAUUUUAUUUUAAAAAAGGAAUUGGUUUUAGCUACAUUGAAAAGUUUAUAUUUUGUGCAGACGUAUGUAUGCCAAUACCUCUGCAAUUUUUAGGAAUUUCUAGGAAUAGGUGCUUGUAAUACUGUUAUUUUUCCAAAAUGUGUUUUUCAAUUAUUUUAAAACAAAUUAAGGAAGGUCUACAUGUAAACCAUUCUGGAAGUAAAAUCGGAAUCAGUAAAUUGAUUUUCACUACCCCAAGAUUGACAAAAAGGUAACUGACAAAAAAUUAAAUUCUUUCCCUUAGCAACAAAUAACUAAACAGGUAUAAUAAUAAAUACAGUUCGCCGAGGACAUCUGCGUUGAUGAAAAGAAUGGGGGAAAAAUUCAGGUUGUUAUUUGGUUGUUGCC